CGAAGAAGAAGAAAUCGGUUCCGGCGUAAGUGUGGGUCAAACUGAGCAGAGCAGAGGGGCAGAAAAAACUUGGAAGUCUUCAACAUGCUAUUACGAAGGGCAUUACACAUUGGAGGCUUGACCCUGAAAUGCAGGUCCAUCCAUCAUAGUGCUGUUUGGAGGAGUCCUCUUAUACCCAUAGUUGUGGAGCAGACGGGGAGAGGAGAAAGAGCAUAUGACAUCUAUUCUCGCCUCCUGAGAGAGAGAAUCAUCUGUGUAAUGGGUCCUAUUGAUGACACUGUAGCCAGUCUGGUUAUCGCCCAGCUGCUCUUCCUACAGUCAGAAAGCAACAACAAACCCAUCCACAUGUACAUCAACAGUCCAGGUGGUGUGGUGACAGCAGGCCUGGCCAUUUAUGACACCAUGCAGUAUAUCCUCAAUCCUAUUUCCACCUGGUGUGUUGGCCAGGCAGCCAGUAUGGGCAGCUUGCUUCUGGCAGCAGGAACAUCGGGCAUGAGGCAUUCACUUCCCAAUGCCCGCAUCAUGGUCCACCAGCCUUCAGGAGGUGCCAGGGGUCAAGCCACAGACAUCGCCAUCCAGGCAGAGGAGAUCUUGAAACUGAAGAGACAGAUCAAUAACAUUUAUGCCAAACACACAGGACAGCUGCUUGAAACCAUCGAGAGUGUGAUGGAAAGGGAUCGCUACAUGAGCCCCAUGGAGGCACAGGAUUUUGGUCUCAUCGAUCGGGUCCUGGUCCACCCGCCCCAGGCAGGCCAGGAUGAGCCUGAGCUGGUGCAGAAAGAGCCAGCAGCGCCAGCCAGUCCCUCUCCACAGCCGGAGUCUGCAGCCCCUGAGCAGGUCCACCCUAGGACAACCCCCCCCUCUUCAUACAAACCUGAGCCAUGAAUCACCACAGAGUUUGCAUUUCUCUUUCUACCCCCUGACCAACACAUGAGCAGACACAAUGUACAGUGAUCAGACAGUGUCUUCAUAUGAAGUGAAUCUUCCCUUUUUUAAUUAUUUUUCAGGUGUUGAUUCCUGUGUUCUAUGAAAUCAAAGUCAAAGAACUAAUGAUGUUCUAAGGGGCUAAGAUGUUAAGUCAUCUUUUUGACUUAACACACAAGUUGUGUGGACUAGUAUUUCAGCUGAGUUGUAUUUGCAGAAUGAAACCCCAGCGAGAUAAAAUGCUCUAUGGUAGACAAGGUUUUUCAGGGGAGGGGAAGCUGUUAAGACCAUGGAGCCAUUUUGUUCUGUUGCUGCAGAGACGUUCACUGAAGAGUGGAGAGGACCUGUCUGACCUGUAUUUGUUACUAAUAAAUGCACCGUUUUUGACCAUA